AUGGCCCGCACUAGGCAGCUCAAGAAGGCUGCACGGAUCAUCCUCAUCGGCGCGCCGGGGGUGGGCAAGGGAACGCAAUCCGAACGACUGCUCUCCAAGUUUCCCGAACUAGCCUCGAUAAGCUCAGGCGAUCUUUUGCGAGAAAAUGUUCGAAAGAAGACACCGUUAGGCUUGGAAGCAGAAGCCACAAUCCAAGCAGGCAACCUCGUCCCCGAUUCCAUGAUUCUCAACCUCAUCUCCUCCGAAUUCAACACAAGAGGCUGGCUCUCACAGUCACAACGCCCGUCGGUAUCCCCUUCCGCUUCCUUCAUCUUAGAUGGCUUCCCUCGCACCGCUACCCAGGCCUCGAGCUUGGAUUCCCUCGUUCCAAUAAACUUUGUCGUUCACCUAGUCACGCCGCCUUCCAUAAUCCUAUCGCGGAUAGCAUCGCGUUGGGUGCACGAGCCAUCCGGCAGGGUUUAUAACACAGAUUUCAACGCUCCAAAGGUCCCGGGAAAGGACGAUUUGACCGGGGAGCCCUUGACUCAGAGAGAAGACGAUUCAGUCGACACAUGGAAGCAGCGACUUCACAAAUUCGAAGAAACAAGCAAGGCUCUCCUCCAGCACUACCAGCGCAAGGGCUGUUUAUGGCGUGUUGAAGGCAACUCGAGUGACGAGAUUACACCGAAGCUUUUCGCCGAGUUCGAGCGGAAGUUUUGCUAG